GGGCGGGGACUGGGCCUGGUGCGCCUGCGCGGAUGGGCAGUCCGGCGGGGCCGCAGCCGCGGGGUGGCGGGCGGUUGUCUUAGAGACCGCGCGGGCCCCUCCGUCCUCCGGACCCCGCCCCACGCCGUUGCCCACCGAGCCGGACGAUCCCCGGACGACCCCGGGACGACCACGCCCGUCCCCUGCCGCCGGCCGGGCCGGAGCUGCGCCGGGACCCGCGAGAGGCGGUGCCGCCCCGAGAUGUCGCAGACGGCCAUGUCGGAGACCUACGAUUUUUUGUUUAAGUUCCUGGUUAUUGGAAAUGCAGGCACUGGCAAAUCUUGCUUACUCCAUCAGUUUAUUGAAAAAAAAUUCAAAGAUGACUCAAAUCAUACAAUAGGAGUGGAAUUUGGUUCCAAGAUAAUAAAUGUUGGCGGUAAAUAUGUGAAGUUGCAGAUCUGGGACACAGCAGGCCAAGAACGAUUCAGGUCUGUGACCAGAAGUUACUACAGAGGCGCAGCAGGGGCCCUACUCGUCUAUGACAUCACCAGCCGAGAAACCUACAAUGCGCUUACUAAUUGGUUAACAGAUGCCCGGAUGCUAGCCAGUCAGAGCAUUGUCAUUGUCCUGUGUGGGAACAAAAGGGAUCUGGAUGCAGACCGGGAAGUCACUUUCUUAGAAGCCUCCAGAUUUGCGCAAGAAAAUGAGCUGAUGUUCCUGGAAACAAGUGCGCUGACGGGGGAGAACGUGGAAGAAGCCUUUGUGCAGUGUGCCAGAAAAAUCCUUAACAAAAUCGAAUCAGGUGAGCUGGACCCGGAGAGAAUGGGCUCGGGCAUCCAGUAUGGAGACGCGGCCUUGAGACAGCUGCGGUCGCCACGUCGCGCACAGGCCCCGAGCGCCCAGGAGUGCGGUUGUUAGAAGCAGCGAGGCAGCGCCAGGUGUUCAUACAGUGGUAUUUGGGACGCAAUUGUUGGAGCUUGAAGACGUUUCUGCCACCAUCUGUUUCUACUUCACACAGGAGUAGGUCUUUGUGUGGAAAAGAAAAUAAUUUGCGGUGUGACGCAAGCUGGAUGUGGCCCAGUGCACCCCAUACUAAAUGUGCUCCGGCGGACACCACCGUUAGCUGCGUCGACGUCUGUGAACGUCCCUGCUCCAUAUUCCCCUUCACGUUUGGUUUCGGUCCUGGCUCUGUGCUGCAUAUGCCCCUUCCCUCUACAGCACGGUACCUGACGUGUGAAAUGCGUCGCACUAAACGAGUCUCUCAUUGUCUUAAUCAUGUGAACUGAAGCCUGUUA